UGAAAGUUCACAAACACUCUUAAUUUUUUUUUGUUUUUUUGGAUAAACGAUAUCAUUUCAGUCUCAUCUCAAAAAUGAAAAUGAAAUUUUUUUUUUUUUUCUUCAUCUGUUUUUCUUAAAGACAAUGCUUUGUUCUUUUCCCAAGCCAAGCUGUGUAGUAUUGUUCUUGGAGCAUGGUCAAUUUUUGUGACUGUCUUUUUUUGAUUUUCAUUCACAUGGUGGUGUUCAUUGAUUUUGGGAGCCAAAGUCAUGUAUUUUGACUUUGGGAGCUCUAUUCUCUUCUCUGAAUCUCAUACUUUCAUUUUGUCCUCUGCUUUGAUUUUCCAUCUGAUCUGACCUCUUUUCUGUCUUGAAGCGUUGACUCCAUCUAAUUGACUCCAUCUAAUUUCUGAUGCUCUUCCAUAAACACGGUGUUCAUUGGCUUUGUGAGUAAGUAUUGAAAAAACAUCGCAGCUCAUCCCCUUCUCUUCUCUUCUCUUCUCUGAGGUUCGUAUUUAAAAAGGAGUAAUACAUUCUUCCCUUUGCAUUUUGUUCUCUGCUUUGAUUUUCCAAGUCUUUGUAUUUUGCUUUCUUUGAUUUUGUUUUGCUGCUGUAAUUGUUUUGCUUUUACUUCUCAAAAGAUCCAAAAAAUAGAAGAAAAACAAAAAGCCCCCCCCCCCCCCAAAAAAAAAAAAAAAAAAAAACAAAAAAAACAAAAAACAAAAAUAUUUGCUUAUUCCUGCUGUUUCCUUUUUUUCCCUCAUCAUUUGGUUUCAAGUUGUUUGAUUGAUAAUACAUUCAUUAGUUUCUAAAUUUUACAUCUUUCUGUGUUGCUUUUUUUUUUUUUUUUUUUUGAAUCUUGUUAUCAUUUCCUGCUCACAAUCACCUUCCAUUUGGGUUUUAAUUUCAUUCUCCAAGAAAAAGAUAGAGAGACUAGAGGGGGGGAUAGAGUAGUAUACUAGUAUGGAGUUUGUUUCAGUAGCCACAAAGAUUGGAGAGUGUUCGGUUUCCAGCCUCGGCCGUCCACUGGGUUAUUUCUAUUAUUACAAAAGCAAUAUAGAAAAGCUGGAAACUCAAGCUCAGGAUUUGAAGAACGAAAAAGAGAGGGUGAAGCAUUUGGUUGAGAAUGCUAAAAGAAGAGGUGAAGAAAUUGAGAAUCGUGUUCAACACUGGUUUAGUACAGUAGAUGUGAUCUCAGAGGAGGUGGAAAGUUUUCUGAAAGAUGAAGUCCAAGCAAAUACUGGGUGUUGUUCAAAUGGAUCCUAUCUGAAUGUGGUGUCACGGUAUCGGUUAGGUAGGAAAGCAGAGAAGAUGGCACAGAAAGUUGUUGAAGUAAAAGAUUCAGCCUGCUCCGAUAUCAUUUCUUAUGUUCCUGUUCUACAAAGUAGUUUUCCAAACAAAGGGUUCAUGGCCUUUGAUACCAGAAAUUCAGCUUUGAUGGGAAUUAUGAAGGCUCUUGAGGAUGUUAAAUUCAGUACGAUUGGAGUGUAUGGAAUGGCUGGCGUUGGUAAAACAACACUUGUUAAAGAAAUUGCUAGACGCGCCUUGGAGAAGAAUCUAUUCAAUGAUGUAGCUGUUAUUGUUGUAUCCCAAACUCCAAAUCUUUUAAGAAUUCAACAAGAAGUUGCCGAUAAACUAGGUCUAGUAUUCCAUGAGACUAGCAUAAGUGCAAGAGCAGAUCGAUUAAGACAUCGAUUGAGUAAAGAAGAGAGGUUCCUUUUAAUUCUUGAUGACAUCUGGAAGGAACUGGACCUUGUAGAUAUUGGAAUAGCUUUUGAGAAUGAUCAGAAUGGAUGCAAGAUACUUAUGGCCUCGAGAUUUCAAGAUGUGUUAAGUAAUCAUAUGAGUGUGCAAAAGAAUUUCCCAGUUGAACUUCUAUCAAAAAAUGAAGCAUGGGAUUGGUUUAGGAAGAUAGUGGGAGAUCCAAUUAAAAAUUCUGAUAUCCAACCUUUGGCAACUCAGAUUGUUGAAGAAUGUGGAUGCCUACCAAUCGCCAUUGUAACGGUUGGACGUGCCUUGAAAACUGAAAGCUUGUCAUCUUGGAAUGAUGCUUUGAGACAGCUCCAAAGGUCUAAUCCAACUAAUAUUGAAGGAAUGAAUGAAAAAGUAUACUCAAGUAUAAAGUUGAGCUAUGAUUUCUUAGGAAGUGAAGAAGCAAAGUCUCUGCUUUUGCUCUGUUGUCUACAUGAAGAAGAUGCAAACAUAGGACUUGAGGACUUAUUGAGAUAUAUUAUCGGUUGGGGCUUGUUUCAAGACGUCUAUAGAAUGAAUGAGGCAAGAGAUAGGCUGCAUAAGAUAGUUGGAAAGCUCAAAGCUCGCUUUUUGUUGCUGGAUGGCGAUUAUCAUGACACGGUUAAAUUGCAUGACAUCAUCCGCGAUGUUUGCAUAUCAAUUGCAUCAGAUGAUAGGCAUAUGUAUAACAUCAGAAGCAAUGAUGAUCUAAGAGAAUGCCUGAACAGGAAAAAACUCAAGGACUCAACUGCAAUUUCCCUACUCUGUGAUAAUGUUGAUUAUCUUCCUGAGAAGCUACAAUGUGCUAGGAUCCAUUUCAUUUGGAUGUGGAAGAUUCGAUAUCUACAGGUCCCUGACCAUUUUUUCGCAGAAACAAAAGAGCUUAGAGUUUUGGAUUUGUCUUAUUCUUAUUUAGGAGCACUACCUUCAUCUUUUAGCUUCCUUCAAAAUCUCCAAGCACUGUGUUUGCGUGAUUGUUGGCUGAGAAACUUAAGUUCAAUUGCAGAGCUGAAAAGCUUGGAAAUUCUUGACCUUUCAAGAUCCAGCAUUGAGGAGUUGCCAACUCAAGUAGGACAAUUGACUCGUCUGCGGUUAUUAGAUUUGACAAGUUGUUCUCGUCUAAAAGUGAUUCGACCUAACAUACUGUCCAGCUUGAUUCACUUAGAAGAGUUGUAUAUGAAAAAAAGCUUCUCAAAGUGGGAGGUUGAGGGGACUAAUGGUGAAAGUAGUAAUGCUAGUCUCAGUGAGCUGAAGAAUUUGAUGCAUUUAACUACUUUACAUCUAGAAAUUGCAAAUUCCGACAUUUUGCCAAAAGACUUGUUUCAUGAUAAGUUGGAAAGAUUUAUGUUACUGAUUGGAGACUUGAGUGGCUGGAGUGAUCGUGGAACUUCAAGAAUGUUGAAACUAAUCAAUUUCACCAAAACCAGUCUAUUAGAAGAGCAUGGUCUUAAUAGAUUGCUGAAAAGGUCUAAAGAGUUGUACCUUGAUGGAUUAAAGGGUGUGGAAAAUAUUGUUCAUGAAUUAGAUUGGGAAGGAUUUCCUGAGUUGAAGCAUUUCAGCUUCAAAAAUAAUGGUGAAAUUCAAUAUGUCAUUAACUCGGAGGAUCAAGCUCAUUCAUCUGUUGCCUUUCCAAGUCUAGAGUCAUUUACUCUUCGAUCUAUGACGAAACUAGAAAAGAUAUGUAAUGGAAAACUUACAAAAGAGUCUUUUGGUAGGUUAAAAUUUUUGGAAGUUGUCCACUGUGAUCAAUUGAAGAAUCUCUUCUCACUCUCCAUUGCUAAAGGCCUUCUGCAACUAAAAGCCAUUGAAGUUACUGGUUGCAGGAUGCUGGAGGAGAUCGUUACAUGCAACAGCAAAGAUGACACCCACAAUGUUAAUACUGAAGAAAUGGACAACAUUGAGUUUUCUCAAUUACGUUCCUUGAGGCUAGCAUAUUUACCGAAGUUUUUACAAUUUUGCACUUGUCUAAAGGAGGAGGAGGUAUUGACAGCAUCAUCUACUUCUGUCAUGCCUCUAUUCAAUGAAAAGAUUAUUUCUUUCCCCAUAUUGGAGACCUUGGAACUCUGCGAUCUUCAUGUUGGAAGGAUAUGGGAUAAUCAGCUCACAGUCACAAACUCUACUUGCUUUCAAAAUUUAGUGACAUUGCUUGUAGAAAACUGUGGAUUCUUAAAGAAUCUAUUUCCUUCUUCUGUGGCUGCGAAUCUUGUGCAACUUAAACGGCUUGUGGUAGUAAAAUGUAAUAUGCUGGAAGAGAUAAUAAGCACGGAUGAAGUGAUGGAUAAGAAGAAGUUCCCCAGCCUCAGUUCCCUAAAGAUAGAGAAUCUUGACAAGCUCACAAAAUUUUGCUCUGCAACUUUUAUUGAGUUUCCAUUGUUAACUGAACUUUUCAUUAUGGGAUGCCCAGCAUUCAAGACUUUCAAUUCCUAUUCAGAAGAGAAAUAUGAUACACUAUCUCUCUUCAAUGAAAAUGUCGCAUUCCCCAGCUUGAAGAAAAUGGAAAUUAAAUCAAUGUACAAAACCAAAAGGAUUUGGUCAGACCAACUAACCGAAGAUUCCUUUUGCAAAUUAGAAGAUGUGGAAUUCGAUUCGUGUCCAAGUCUAACGAGAAUAUUUCCAUCUGGUAUGCUGAGAAGACUCUGCAGUCUGACAACAUUAAGAGUAUGGAAAUGCAAUAUGGUAGAAGAAAUAUUUGAAAUCCCAAUAUCAGGUGUGCAAGAAGCAUCCAAAUACACACAUACUCAACUGAGUAAUUUGCACUUGUACAAAUUAGCAAAUAUGAAGCAUGUCUGGAGUAAGGAUCCACGAGGGAUUCUUACCUGCCCAAAUAUCCAGAAGGUUAACAUCUACGAAUGUCCAAAUCUUCAAAAUGUAUUUCCAUAUUCAGUUGCCAAAGGUCUUCUUAAACUUGAAAUAUUAUGCUUAAUAGAUUGCGGGAUAAAGGAAAUUGUUGCUAAGGAGGAAGGCUUAGUAAAAAGGCCUAAGUUUGUAUUCCCUCGAUUGACUGAUCUGAGGCUGCUACAAGUGCCCCAACUCGUAAGUUUUUACCCAGGACUGCAUACUUCAGAAUGGCCUUUGUUAAAUUGGUUGGUGGUGUCUGAAUGUAUCUUUGAGGUUUUUGCUUUAGAAUGCCAAAGCUUCUUAGAGACACAUGGACUGGCUCAUCAUGGUAUUCCAAUUCAACAACAUUACCUGUUUUUAAUUGACAAGGUUACAUUUCCUAGACUGGAAAAACUGAAAUUGGAGCGGAUCUCGCUAAGUAAGAUAUGGGAUGGUCAAUAUGAAGGCUUGAUGGGUAGGGAAGAAUGCCAAUGGGCACGAAUAAUUUCACAUUUAAGGGAGCUAAAACUAUCUGACCUGCCCAACUUAAUGUACUUAUGGGAGGAGAGUACUCAACCAUGCACAGCUUAUAAAAAUUUAGAUACUCUAGAAGUAAUGAAAUGUGGCAGGUUAAAGAAAUUAGUACCAUCCUCGGUGUCUCUUCAAAAUUUGGUAAGUCUUAUAGUGUCGGAUUGCGGUAGAAUGGUAUAUCUGCUAACUUCUUCAACAGCUAGAAGUUUGACAAAACUGAAAAAAAUGAGCAUAUGUGGAUGUGAAGAGAUGAGGGGAAUAACUUCUGAUUAUGAGGAAGGAGGCAAAGACGAAGGUGAAAUAGUUUUUGAUCACUUGAAAGUUUUGGAACUCAGUUGUUUACCUAUCCUCACAAGGUUCUACUCUGGGAACUACAAAAUGAGUUUUCCAAAUUUGGGAAAGAUAGUUGUCAGACAAUGUCCUGCGAUGCAAACUUUCUGUCCUGGAGUCAUAAGCACCCCAAAGCUGCAUAAAUUAUUGAUAGAUAAGGAAGAUGAAUAUUCUAGUGAAUCUGAUGCAGAAUGGGAAGAUGAAUAUGCAGAACGGCCUUCUCAACAUAGGGAGAAUGUUACACCCAUUGAAGAUAUUAACAGCAUCAUACUGCAGCAUUGGAAUACGGAGUAUGGUGUGGGAUUACAACAAAUGUUUACAGAACAGGAUGAUAGGAUAGAUGAAGAAACAUUCUGAUUGAAAUUCUGACGAAGAUUAUGAGCUUUUUUUGAGUACAAGGUCAUCUGAUUUGUGAGAGAUUCUGAAGGAAGUUCCAAAGAAGUAUCGCAUUUUGAAGCAGAUGAUGAUAGUGAAGAAUCUGAAGAAUUUUAGUUAAUGAAUCACUGUCGCUGUGAAGAUUCCAGAUAUUUGAGGAUCACGAAUUGACGGGUUCGAAUUGAUGGGUUCGUAGUAAAUUGGUAGUUUGUGUAAAGGAAAUUUCAAAUUUUUUUUAUUUUUAUUUGGUACAUUCACAACCUUAGUGUGCCCUUUUAGAAGUGAUUUUGAAAUGCGCUUCCUUUAGUUUUUGGCAAAAUAUGAAAGCCCUUUUUGGUGAUAUUGUUUGAGAGAAUAUGAAAAACGACAUGUCCUAUGUCCUUUAAAUUAUGUUUCUAAGCAAACCCA